GAGGGCACGACCCACGUGGUGUGGGCGACGGGGGAUGGGCCACUGUUCAAGGUGGACGGCGUGUCGGUCCUGGGCGAGGGCACUCGGAGGGGCAUGCAGCGGGCGCAGCUGCUCAAGAACGUCCACGUUGACGACCACGUGCCGGCGGACGCGUGGGCGCUCGACGUGCGCGCCGCCAGGGUUCAGGUGCCCGCCGUGGAUACGACGUACUGGUGCCACGUGACCAAGGUGCCGCGCCAGCUCACCCGGAAGCACCACGUCGUCAAGUACGAGGCGAUGGUGCAGCGCGGUAACGAGGGCCUGGUGCACCACAUGGAGGUGUUUCACUGCGAGGCCGCCGUCGCGGAGUACAUGCCGCUGUACCGUGGGCCGUGCUUCGCCACGGACCGGCCCGACAGCACCAGAGUAUGCAAGCGGGUGCUGGCGGCCUGGGCCAUGGGGGCCAAGCCCUUCAUCUACCCCAAGGAGGCUGGUCUGCCAAUCGGAGGGGCCGACUUUAACCCUUACAUCAUGCUGGAGGUGCAUUACAACAACCCGGAGAACAAGUCUGGCUGGGUGGACAGCUCCGGCAUCCGGCUGACGGUGAGCCCGACGCUGCGGCCGAACGACGGCGGGGUCAUGGAGCUGGGCCUGGAGUACACGGACAAGAUGGCCAUUCCACCGGGGCAGCCGCGCUUCCAGCUGACCGGCUUCUGCAUCGCCGAGUGUACCGAGUCGGGCGUCCCCGCCGGCGGCGUGCUCGUGUUCGGGUCGCAGCUGCACACCCACCUGACGGGCGUGCGGGUCGUGACGCGCCACGUCCGCGCCGGCCGCGAGCUGCCCGAGCUCAACCGCGACGACCACUACAGCACGCACUUCCAGGAGAUCCGCCGCCUCAAGCGCCCCGUCCAGAUCCUUCCGGUAGGCCUACCUAUGACGGCGCCCCCCCACCCCCACUUACCCGGGCUUUGUAAUGACCCUCGUGAACGACACGCUAGGAUAGCGCCUGCAGCGCGGUGGGUAGGCCAACCCGCUACGCAGCCGUGUGGAACUGGCGGCCUGUACGUUGACGUCUGGGUGCAUCCUCCGCUCUUUGGUCGUCGAGCAGGUGUUUAUUCGAACCCUGCUUAAGGCUUUCAAACUCCAACAUUUUUCCGUAAA